AUGACCCCACACACCCCUCUGCCCUCACUCACCCCACUAGCCCCCACACACCCCUCUGUCCCCACACACCCUACUGUCCCCUCUGUCCCUACUGUCCCCACAGCCCCCACAGAUCCCACUGUCCCCUCUGCCCCCACACACCCCACUGGCCCCACCACCCCCGCAGCCCCCUCCAGCUGCAAGAAGAGCCAGAAGAAGAAGAAGGCGGCUGAGGCCAGGGCAGCCGCUCAGGAGGGAGGGGAUGAAGCGGAAGGGCGGGUGGCUGCGAUCGAGGGCCUCACUCGGGCCGGACAGCGGGCGCUGGCUGUGGGCGCGGCGCGGGAGGCAGUGGGGUGCUUCAGGAAAGCCCUGCUCCUCUCCAGGGACACAGCGAGCCCCCAGCUGCACAGGGCUUGUGCCUUCAACCUGGGGGCUGCCUACGUGGAGACUGGGAAGCCCAGAAAGGGCUUUGAAUUCCUCCUCCAGUCCCAGCCCUCAGAGGCUGAGAGCGGGGACCACUCGGGGAGCCUUUAUUUCAGCGUCGGGGCAGCUCACGAAGGGCUCCAGGAUUUUCCAAAGGCUCUGGAGUGUUUUGAGCAAGUCUCCGGGCACGCUGGUGCUGCUCAGGCUGGCAGCCGAGCGGGGACCUGCGUGCAGAUGGGCUGCUGCUACCUGGGCAUGCGGGAGCCGGCGCGGGCCGCGCGGUGCUUCCUGGACGCGGCGCAGGCCUACGCGGCGGCGGAGAGCCCCGGGGCCGCGGCCGUGGCUCUGAGCAGGGCGAGCGGCUCCAUGCUUCAGAGCCGGCGGUUCCGGGCCGCGGACAUCGCCGGCGUCCUCGCCCGGUGUCGCUCGCUUUGCGAAUCCAUCCCCGACCCGGCCCUGCGAGGGAAACUCUACAGCGACAUCGGGCUCGGCUACUCGCAGCUGCACAUCUUCUCCCUGGCUGCCGAGAGCUUCGAGCGGGCGCUGGGGCUGUGCGGCGCGGAGCGGGACCGGCAGCGGGAGGCGGCGCUGAUGCAGAACCUGGGCGCGGCCCUCAACGCCCUGCGCAGCUUCGGCACCGCGCUGGGCUGGCACCGGCGAGCGGCCGCGCUGCACGGUGCUCUGGGGAACCGCAGGGCUCAGGGGCAGAGCUUUGGGAACCUGGCGUUCGCCUGCAGCCAGCUGGGGAAGCACGGGGAUGCUGCCGAGAGCUACCUGCACGCCCUGCAGGCCUUCAGGGACUCGGGGGACUUGCAGGGGCAGUGGCAAGCGUGUGAGGGGCUGGGGGCAGCGUGCUUGCACCUGGGAGACCCCCAGAGAGCCAUUGGGCACUAUCAGGAGGCCCUGGUUUUGCUUUCCCGCUGUCAGGACAGCCCCAGAGCUGCCCACAAACGGGUGGUGCACAAGCUCACAGAUGCCAUCCAGCACCGACUCCACCUCAGCAACCUCUCCUACCCCAACCCAGGCCUGGAGCCCAGCCAGCUGCGGUUUUGCUCCACACUGCCCCGUGCCAGUAGGUCACAGCUCCAGGGGAGCAAGGUGGGGAAAGCCCAGGCUGAGGACGAGCUGUACUGGUGUACACCAGGAGCACAUCCCAGGUAUUCAGGCACAAGAGUGGCCCUGACUGGUGGUCUCACACUGGAACCUUGCAACCCAAGUGGCCUCCUGGGCACCUCUGGGGAGGAUGAUGAUGGUCCCAGCUCAGCCUCAGGCUAUCACAGUGAGCCCCAGGCUAACAGCACGAGGACCACAAGCACCCUGCCCCUGGCCAAGCCACCCCAUGCCAGCCUCCAGCUCCGUAAGUACCACAGACCAGCAGAACAUCAAUCCUGCAGUGAACCCAGGCCUGAGGGUCUCACACUGCAUCCCACAGGGCACCAAAAACACCAAACCCUCCAUCAGAGGCCUCCAGAGAGCCGUGACAAUGACCCCACUGCCGGCUGCUGGUCCCGCCGGGGACCCCGCACGGCCACCAGGACUCUGUCCCUCGUCUGCAGCCUCGUGUGACCGGGAGGACACCGGGGAAACGCUGCUUCUUGGGAGGCUGUGCAGGCCCAAACCGGAGGGGAGGGUGGGCCGUUCAGCCAACACGGUUCUGACCCCGCUCUGUUUCUGCAAUCCUUUGUAUGUCACGGGGAGGAAAGAAAGGGGCUAGGGG